GGUAUUUGUUGUCAUGGUGGUUCCGAACUCGGCGAAGCUUGCGAUGCCCUCUCGUUAUGAAUCCCAGUCCGUCAUCGCUUCCCACUUGUGUUAAAAUUCUGGUCACUCGCAUAUGCUGAUCACAUGGGAGCCAUGGCGUUUACCCCUCGCCUCUCACAACCAUUCUGCGGACUGCUCUGCAAUCUCUGAUUAAGUUGCUCUAUGGCUCACAUAAAUGUUUUUUAGCUAUUCUCCAGGUGCGUAUUAUCAUUUAUUAGCGUCGACUUUCAUUAUAUAAUCAUAACAUUUUUUAAGAAGUCAGUGGUGCAUUUGGAGUUGGAAGAAAAAGACGUCGUCUCAUAUCUCGUGCGCCCCGCUGAUGGGGGAUGAACAAGAACAAGAUUAUGUGCGCCACAGUUAAUGGCGAACAAGAUGUUUUGUUGCGCACGGUAAAAAGGUGUCGCAGCGCGAAUCAAUCGUACGUCCUUGCGUUUGCGUCGCAGCGCUACGGCAUGACGCAGUCAAUAGUCGUGCAAGUCGGACAGUGCGGGAAUCAGAUCGGCUGUCGUUUCUGGGACCUAGUGCUCCGCGAACACAUGCUGCUCGAAGAUCGAAGUACCACCGACAUGGCCGUAUGGAAUUUUUUUCGCAUGGCACAGAACGGCAAAGAUGAGCUGAGGGCCAGGGCGGUGAUGGUAGACAUGGAGGAAGGGGUGAUUAACUCCAUUCGGCGAACGCGUCUUGGAGGCAUGCUGAGCAACCACCAGUUUGUGACAGACGUCUCUGGCUCCGGGAACAACUGGGCUGUUGGCUUUCACGAGUAUGGCACAAAAUAUCGAGAAAAAAUUGCAGAACACAUCAGGAAGGAAGCCGAACAUUGUAGUUGUCUACAGACGUUUUUUCUCCUUCACUCGUUAGGUGGUGGUACUGGUUCUGGCUUGGGAACUGCUGUUCUAGAAAUGCUGAGUGAAGAAUUUCCUAAGGUCUUUAGAUUCUGUGUACCGGUGCUCCCCUCUGCUGUGGACGAUGUUGUGACGUCGCCAUAUAACACAGUAUUUGCCCUCGAGAAAAUUGCAAGUUUCGCAGAUUUUUCCUGUCCAGCCGAAAAUGAGGCACUGAUUAGCAUCUGUGAUCGUGUUGCCAAGGCUGGGGCGAGUAUUAAGCAGACUGUUGCAAGCAGUGCGAGUAGCAUCCUGGGACAGAAAGCGAGACCUUUCGACCAAAUGAACAACAUUGUGGCCAAUCUCUUAAUCCAUAUGACAAGUUCAGCACGUUUUUCGGGCUCGCUCAACGUGGACAUGAACGAAGUUUGCACUAAUCUGGUGCCCUAUCCCAAGCUGCAUUUCCUGGUGUCCAGCAUCACACCGCUUUACUCGCUUCUAGAUGUCAACCUACCAGCUCGCAGACUGGACCAGAUGUUCACGGAUGCACUUAGUCCGAAUCACCAGCUAGUGCAGUGUGAUAUCAGAAAAGGAACCAUGCUAUCCUGUGCCCUUCUAGCAAGAGGAGACGUCUGCAUGGCUGACAUGCGCAGGAACCUCGAGAGAUUGCGAGCAGGCCUCAAAUUUGUUCACUGGAACCAGGAUGGUUGGAAGACGGGCCUGUGCUCGGCAGCGCCAGUGCACCAACCAUACUCCCUGCUGACUCUUUGCAACACCAGCUCAUUCCAUCAUGUUCUUUGCCGACUGAGGUCCGGAUUCCUCAAGCUGUACAAUCGCAAGGCGCACAUGCACCACUUUCUCCAAGUGCCUUCCAUGGAGGAAUCUCACUUUCAGGAGGCCCUAGAAAGCUUAGCCGAGCUGUCAGCCUUGUACCGGUCCAUGGAAGGCACAGACUUCAGCAAACUAACUCGUCCAAGGAUCAAAGUUUUGCUGUGAACGGAAACACGUGCCUUUAUAGUAGCAGUACUGAGUGGUUUAGUAGGGUGCCAAGGAUUUUUUGUCGUUAGUACUAGUGCGGUUUUUAUACCGUAGCACUUUCCUGUGCUAUACUAUCGACGAUCGUUGAUUGAAAUCAAAACUAAUUGAAUAUACAUCUAAGGUCUUCAUUUUUUGAAGGCAUACUUGUUUGUGAUGAUAUCACGUACACAUUUUUUAGUAGAAAAAAAAAAAGCAUUGAACCGUUUCAGUACUACUUGUGUGCAUUAGUGCCAAGUUGAACUUAUUAAGUGCACCAUUUAGUAGUGUCAAAUAUGCAAUGUUUUUGUAACGUGAUAUUUCUAUAUGGGGCCCCUUUUAGCUAGACAUGGUAUCUAACUACAAUGCUAGAUUUCAGAAGGGAUGCUCACGUUUUUUAAGCUAUUAUAGCAAUGCAUUCAUGCCAUCUACACUUGCACUAUGCUGCAUUUGUUAAACUAUUUUAAUGUUGACUCUGCAUUGCCUUGUCCUGAAUACACUAUGGAAUUGAUGAAAUACAUGCAAGGUGCAUCCUCUUUAUUUAUAGUGCCCUCCUACACUUAAUGUUUUUUGUAUCCAUUUAUGGAAGAGCAACCUGAAAACUUUGUUGAGAAAAGGACGAGCCGCUGUUUCCAUGGCGAAGCCAUAGGAACAUUGUGUACCGAGUAUUCGGGUGUGUGUAUCAGUGUUCUCCACCGCCAUGCGUCAUUUGUGGGGGCGCGGAGGAUGUAGAAAAUUGUGCGUACGACAAGAAGUGGUAGUAUUAUCAUCAUAAGUGUGUUCAAAUACAGGUGUUAUAGGGGAGGGGGGGGGGGGGGGCUUUGCCAUGGCGACAGCGACUCGUCCUUUUCUCUACAAACUUACUGGGCAAAUUACUACUUGUUGUAACGUACCUGCAAUUUCAUAUUGCACUCUUAUCGUAAGGUUUGCCAUUUGUAAUGAUACACUGCCAUCAUGUUGCAUUUGUCUUUUAUACAUAUAGAAGAAGCAUUUUAUGCAGACACAGUUCCAUAAAUUUGUACAUAUUCUAUUUAUUACGUUUGAUGUUUGCAUUUUUUUACUUGUAACCAGUGUAUUCUUUUUACCCGUGACGUCCACUCGGCCUCUUGGCUAUGGCUAGUGCAAUUAUGCGCAUAGUAUUUCGCAAUAAAGCAGCGAUACCUGUCUCGCUGUC